GGAUAUAUGCGCGGCGACGCAUUCUUCCGAGCACGCAUAAAUAUGCUAAAGUAUUCCGUUGUGAAAGCGUCACGCUCUGAAAGCACUUGAUGGCUAUCAGUCACAAUGAGUGAUAUGUUAUAGUGAGAACUCCUGGCCCACAUUUAUAUUGUGGACUUCAAGCGGCAGCAGAGAGUAAACGCAACGAUCGGGAAACAGUAACUGUAUUAUACGUGGAGCAGCUGGUGAUGUUUUCUGCGUUGGUCGUCCUGUUGGUGAUUGGUCAGCACACUGCACGUGCUGAAUCAAAUGAGGAAUGGAUGAAGAUUGCAAAAGACGAACUGGAUAAAGCAUUAAACAAACGAGAUUAUACCGACGUCGCCAAAAACGUCGUUCUUUUUCUGGGCGACGGUUUGGGCGUCUCCACGGUCACGGCCGCGAGGAUAUACAAAGGCCAAGGUCAAGGUUUCCCAGGCGAAGAAACCCUGCUUGAGUUCGAGAAGUUUCCCAAUGUGGCAUUGUCAAAGACUUAUAACAAUGACCGACAAACUCCAGACUCUGCGGGUACAGGAACAGCAUUCCUGUGCGGAGUUAAGGCCAAUCUGGGUACUCUUGGAUUGUCAAGCGCUGCUACAAGGGGAAACUGUGCAAGUGCGCAGGCAGCGGAAGUGACGUCAAUUGUAGACUGGGCAAUCGCUGAGGGCAAGUCUGUUGGCCUUGUGACGACUACACGUGUCACCCAUGCUACCCCCGCCGCCGCAUACGCACAUAGCCCAGAACGGAACUGGGAAGCUGACAUUUCAACCCCCGACACGGACGGGACCUGCAAAGAUAUUGCUCUACAACUCAUUGAGAAAAAGAAGAUUCAGGUGAUCCUGGGCGGCGGACGACGGGCGUUUAUGAUGACCAGCCAAAUUGACCCCGAGACAAACAGCACAUACAAACACCGACACGACCAGCGAGAUCUCAUCAAGGAAUGGUUAUUUGAGAGUUCUCUCGGAGGGCAAACGGCCAAGUAUGUGUGGAAUAAACAACAGUUAGCUGCCAUCGACCCCAAAGACACUGACUAUCUGCUAGGCCUUUUCGAGGCGUCCCACAUGCAGUAUGAUGUAGAGCGGGACACCACACCCACCGGGGACCCGUCGAUCGCCGACAUGACCAGGAAGGCGAUCCAGAUCCUGCAGAAGAAUGAUAAGGGGUUCUUCCUCUUGGUCGAAGGUGGUCGUAUUGACCAUGGUCACCACAGAAACUCCGCCAAAAAGUCUCUCCAUGAUGUGGUGGCGUUUGAUAAGGCCGUCGCAGAGGCUAACCGCUUGGUGGACAUUUCGGACACGUUGACGAUAGUCACUGCUGACCACUCGCACGUCUUCAACAUCGGCGGCUACCCAAAGAGGGGCAACAACAUAUUGGGCGUGGUCGACCCCUCCUAUCCCAAUGGCCCUGAUGACGGGAUGCCAAGGACUACCCUCGUGUACGGAAAUGGUCCCCUGGGUCAAAACCGAGUCAAUCUGAGAGAUGUCGACACCACUGCUGCUGAUUUCAGUCAAGAGGCGGCAGUCAAGAUGCCGUAUGAGACUCACAGUGGAGAGGAUGUGGCUAUAUAUGCGCGCGGACCAAUGGCGCAUCUGUUUCACGGUGUGCACGAGCAACACUAUAUAGCGCACGUGAUGAGCUACUCUGCAUGUAUUGGUCCUUACAAGGGCAACUGUGAGCGUGUGACGAGCCAGGCUUCAACAGUUCAUUUCAAUGUCUGGGUUUGGGUUUUACUGUGUUUGGUUUCUCGGUCUUGUUUCUGAUCUCUGGAACCACAGGUCCUAAAAUAGUGGUCUUUAUUCGUGAACACAUCAUUGGGUCUGCGUUUUGUACUCUCAUGGAUAUUACCACUGCUGUUCUUGCUUGUCCCAGAAAUCCCUGCUCUUUCAUAUCUGUUUAUAGACAUAUAGUAAUAGUGCUUUGGAAAAAGUAAAAAAUUUAAACUAGAUAAAAAAAAUAUUGAUAAUGCAUUCCGUACUCAGUCUCAAUCAUCACCCACGCCUUUGUGUAUGCGACAUAUAACAGUUUGUUUCUAUUUACUCACAUUUUAUGACUGAUUCUUGUGGUAUAGACAAGUUCAAAUUCAUGUACCAUGUUUUCAAUCAAUUCGUUUUCGAUCGCAUUGCAAGACGUGGCGUCAUUUAAACGGUGAAGUAAUUGAUCUGUACAAACGGUAAAAACAAAAUACUAUAUUAAAAUUGUCAAUGAAAUUUAAUAUCUGAGAUCUAAGAAGUAUAUCGUUUUAUUUCAAUGGUGCUUUGUAUUCAAUGACAUGCUUACCCUUUCGCGAACACCUGGUGUCAUCACUGAUUUUCAGUGAUUCAUUCAUGUUCGUAGCUAUUUUACCUUUUACGUCCAAUGGUAUCUUUUUCGUAGGAAAAUCGUUUUAUGUACAUAUCCUCGCAACCCGUGAUGCUGAGUCCCGCUGCUCGGGGAGGAAGAUACCCUGAAGGGUGUCUGUCGGGGUGGACAACCAGGGCUUGGAUGAUGUUGCGGUCACUAUACUCGUCAGGGAUUGCACUCUUGUCAUGAAGAGUUCCCACCCGUGAAGAUCCGGGUCAGAAUAGGUCUUCAGCAACCCAUGCUUGUCGUAAGAGGCGACUGACGGGGUCGGGUGGUCAGGCUCGCUGACUUGGUUCAUGCAUGUCAUCGACCUCAAUU